GCUCACUCGCGGAUUCAGGAGAGAGGGGACGGGAAACGGGGGUCGCGCGCAAGCACCGAAAGAGAAAAAACACCAACGGAGCGGAGCACCGUGAUGUAUUUGGGGAGCUCGUGAGAAAAAAGACUGCACUGAGGGGUGCAAAACAGGCAUUUGCUUUCCGAGAAUACGCGCAAAUAUCGCGGUACCGUGAGGUCGAAGCAAGGAGAUUAUCCCAGAGAAGAGCGAGCGAGCGGCUGGAAACGGAGCACCAAUCCCGGAUGGCUAGGCGCGGCUGCUCGCGCUCUCUCCCACCCUGAGCCGGGAGAGACACACAAGGACCGUGGGGAAGCUCUGGGGCUUAACGUGAACCUAACCGGAGCCUGUUAACCCGUCAUCCUCCUCACGGCCGUUAUAUCGCCUGUUUCCGCCGAAACGGGAAUCUUGUCUGGCGCACGGGACCGAUCAUAAACAAACAAGGCAGCCGCUCGGGAAGGGAGAGUGUUCAGUCAGCGACCUCUGAAGGGUGUGAGUCUGCGUUGUUACUGCGUUUUUCAGCCCAUUAGGGAUUCAUCAGCAGUACUAUUAGCGUGUGUGUCUGUGUGUGCGUGGAUAAUACAGUGUUGAGAUAUGGCUGUAUUAGACUGAGAGUCCUAAGGAGCCAGCGGCAUUAUGGGAUGUAGCAGGACUGUGCAGUGACCCCGCUCAUUGAAAGGAAACAGUCUGUGUACAGGAGCAGGAACAGGCAGACUAGCCUAAACACACACUCAUCCUUGUAUCCACACAAAACACAUCCCAGGAGCCAUGCCUGUGUUCAGUGGCCUGUUGAAGGUGCGAGUGUGUGAGGCAGUGGACCUGAAGCCCACCCCAUGGGCCCUGCGUCACGCUGUGGGGAAGAGUGGCUCCUUCCUGCUGGACCCUUAUCUGGCCCUAAAUCUGGACCAGACCCGGCUUGGCCAGACGGCCACCAGGACCAAGACGAACAGCCCCGCCUGGCACCAGGAGUUCUGCACGGAGGUCCGUGAGGGACGGAGCCUGGAGCUGUCCGUUUUCCACGAUGCGCCCAUCGGAUAUGAUGACUUUGUGGCCAACUGCACCAUCCAGCUGGAGGACCUACUGCAGAACGGAACCAGGCACUAUGAAGACUGGAUUGACUUGGAGCCAGAGGGCAAGGUAUACGUGGUCAUUGAUCUGUCCGGAUCUUCCACUGAGGCCUCGGGAACCAAUGAGAAUGAAGAGCGAGUGUUUCGAGAGAGGAUUGGUCCUCGCCGGCGACAGGGCGCCGUCCGAAGACGCGUCCAUCAAGUCAAUGGACACAAAUUCAUGGCCACCUACUUGAGACAACCAACCUACUGCUCACAUUGCAGAGAUUUUAUCUGGGGCGUGCUGGGGAAGCAGGGAUACCAGUGUCAGGUGUGUACGUGUGUCGUCCACAAGCGCUGCCAUGAGCUCAUCAUCACCAAGUGUGCCGGGAUGAAGAAGCAGGAGGACACGCCUGAUGAGGUGGGUUCACAGCGGUUCAGUGUUAACAUGCCCCAUAAGUUCAGCAUCCACAACUACAAGGUCCCCACCUUCUGUGACCACUGUGGCUCCCUGCUGUGGGGCCUCAUGAGGCAGGGCCUGCAGUGCAAAGUGUGCAAGAUGAAUGUGCACAGACGCUGUGAGACCAAUGUAGCUCCUAACUGUGGUGUGGACGCCCGAGGGAUUGCUAAGGUCCUGUCUGACCUGGGAGUCACACCCGACAAGAUCUCCAACACCGCGCAGCGCAGGAGGAAGAGGGCAGCCCAAAGGAACGGUCAUGUUGUCUCUCUCUGUCUCCAGUUGACUCCAGGGCAGGACCCUCCCCAGUCUCCUCCUGAGCUCUCUCAGGCUGAAGACAACAGCUUCAGCCAGCCAGCUGUCCCCACCUCCCCCUCACAGCAGGACUUGGCAGGGUUAGAACGCCUGCAGGACGCACUGUCACUCGACCAACAGGGACCCCAACACACCUCCUCCUCCUCGUCAGCCUCCUCCACCACCUCCUCUUCCUCCUCGUCUUCCUCAGCAGGCAGGGAGAACGGACAGAUCCAAAGGAGGACCCUCAAGGACUUCAACUUCAUCAAGGUUCUCGGCAAAGGGAGCUUCGGCAAGGUGAUGCUAGCGGAGCUGAAGGGGACAGAGGAGGUUUACGCAGUCAAAGUUUUGAAAAAGGAUGUGAUUCUGCAGGACGACGACGUGGACUGCACCAUGACCGAGAAGCGCAUCCUCGCCCUUGCCCGCCGACAUCCCUACCUCACCCAGCUCUACUGCUGCUUCCAGACACGGGUAGGACCAAGGGACAGCACGUGCACAUGCAGAUUUGAUAGUUCAUCUUUGUUUUCUCUGUCUCAUACCUCUCUCUCUUUGCAGGACCGUUUGUUUUUUGUAAUGGAAUAUGUGAAUGGAGGAGACCUAAUGUUCCAGAUUCAGCGGUCCAGAAAGUUUGAUGAACCUCGCUCUCGUUUCUACGCCGCAGAAGUCACCUCAGCCCUCAUGUUUCUGCACCGUAACGGGGUCAUCUACAGGGAUCUGAAGCUGGAUAACAUCCUGUUGGAUGCAGAGGGACACUGUAAGCUGGCAGACUUUGGCAUGUGCAAAGAGGGCAUCAUGAACGGAGUCACCACCACCACCUUCUGUGGCACGCCCGACUACAUCGCCCCUGAGAUCCUGCAGGAGCUGGAGUAUGGUGCCUCUGUGGACUGGUGGGCCCUGGGUGUGCUGAUGUAUGAGAUGAUGGCCGGACAGCCUCCGUUCGAAGCCGAUAAUGAAGACGACUUGUUUGAGUCGAUUCUCCAUGACGACGUCCUCUACCCUGUGUGGCUCAGCAAAGAAGCUGUUUCAAUCCUCAGAGCGUUCAUGACCAAGAACCCGGCCAAACGCCUGGGCUGCGUGGUGAGCCAGGGCUGUGAGGAGGCCAUCAAGACUCAUGCCUUCUUCAGGGAGAUUGACUGGGUCCUGCUGGAGCAGAGAAAAGUCAAACCACCCUUUAAACCCCGGAUUAAGACCAAGCGAGAUGUGAAUAACUUUGAUCAGGACUUCACCAAGGAGGACCCUGUGUUGACGCCUACAGACGAGGCCAUCAUCCGACAGAUCAACCAGGAGGAGUUCAAAGACUUCUCCUACUGCGCCCCCGAGGAGACGCAGACCUAACACACACACACACACACACACACACACACACACACACACACACACAUUGAUCCAACAACACUAAACCUGGCACGUACGCACACAUUGCUGACACUCAUACAUGUGUAGAACCAUAAAUCCCUUUACAAAACACACACACAUACACACACACUUUGAAGCUAUUGGUUGUUGUUACUUUUGGAAUAUUCUUUACUUGCAUUGUGUUGUUCUUGUUGCCUGGGUUUAUUAUGAAUAUAAAUAUGAAUAUGACUAUGAAUAUGAAUAUACACACCUGCACAUGCUCUCUCACACACAUUCCCAUGUGCACACUUUCAGUGCAGAUUUACACACACACUACAAUCCCAAGUUUUACUCACACAGACACACUUUCAUACACCUACACAAGCUCACUGCACAUGCUCAGACAACCGACACACACACACACACACACACACACACACACACACACACACACACACACACACUCUCACACAAUCACACUCUCACACUGCUUCUCUCCCCAGCACCAUUAUACAUGUGGACUGUACAGUAGGUGCUGGGUGCAGAGGCCUGUAUAUAGCCUGUGUUGAGUGGCUGUAUUGUGUUGGUAUCGUCUGCUAGUAAAGGAGAGUCGUGGCGCAUGGACAAGCACCCUACCUGUGUUAUUACUGUCCUUAUUGUGGACCAGUUAGGGCCAAAAUACCCUUUGUGCAAUACCCUGUACUAUCUAUAUAUUUUAUGGUUUUGUUUGUUAAUGUGUUAUAUUUGUCUUUUUUUUUCUCCUCAAGUGUGUGUUUUUUUGUUGUUGUUGUUAGAUUGUGGUUUGAUUGAAAUCUUUGCUGUCGUUUGACACACUCACUCCAUAUCUUCCUGUUUUGUGUGCAUAAAGUGAAUGUCGAGCUUACAAGUUACAGGCUAUUGAACUAAUUAUGUGGAGCGGAGUGUUACAGGCGGCCUGUGUAGCAGUUAAAAGCCCGAUUUCCAGCUAUUUCAUCCCAUCUGCUAGUUUCAGAGUCCGUGUCUGUUCUACUGGCGUGAAUGUGCUGGCCUGUGGGCGUUUUUUUUUUUUUUUUGUUGUGAAUGUACGUUUUCAUAUGUGUGAAUGCAUGACUUUUUUUCUCUCCCGUCAGUGUGGGACUUUUUGUCUUCAGCAUUUCUGUUUCUAUAGUUACCAUCAGUGUUUUCAGCCCCCCCCUCCUUCCUUCCCCUCUACUCCAAAGCACCAAUUCCCCUUUCCUGCCUCCAGCAGCCGUCUCACUCAGCCAAAACCACUUGCUCUUCUGACUUUUGCUUUUUUUUCAUGGCUUUUCUUUCUUAUUGCUCUGUUUCUUUUUUAUUAUUAUAAUUAUUAUUAUUAUUAUUAUUAUUGUAAAGUGUAUCUGGAGGAAACCUUUAUGUAAAAUACUAUAACUAUGCUAUCAUAGGUCUGUUAAAGCCAGGGGCGAAAAGAAAUGUGGAAAACCAGCAGCUGAAUACCUCUUAUUUCAAACACACACACACACACACACGCACAAAACACCACAUACAGACUCUCUCCUUUGCCUCCUCCCUCUUCUUCUCUCUCUCUUUCUUACAGACCCACACACACAUGCACACACAGAGAAGGACUGUUGUCGCGUGUACUGUACAGUGAUCUGAAGGCGAGCUGGUUGCUCUGUGUGCAGUAGAGUCGGUGUGUAGUGAAGCUUUGUGCACCCAGGGGUAGGGCUGUUCCUGGUCACACUAUCUUACUCUGUGCCAAAAUGUAGUGCAACAGCCAGGCUAGUCCUGUCUGGUCUGAUUCCAAUAAAACACUGAGCUGUCUACAUCA